ACAACACCAACAACAUAAACAAAAUCGAAGCAUUCGAAGAAUGUCUUAACAAAUGGAAGCAGAGAAAUCGAAUUUGUUUAGAUUGAAAGAUCCUUCGGCAACCAGUGGACUGUUUAGUUGAUAUAACGGUUGGCUGUUGUGUUUGUCAUCUCUUUGUUGCAGUCUUUCUAUAAAGUGAGAGAAAGAAAGACAAAGUCCUUAAAAGGUUGGACUAUCUCAAGCAAACGCUGAAAUGGAAGUGCCACCACCACCAUACGAUGAGGCGGUCUCAGACAAAGGUGGCAAACACCGCGAGUUGAAUUGUGAAGAUUACCACGACCCGGAUUCGGGACCGCGUCCGGAUCAGUAUAGCGCAAUGGGCUGGUUUGAAAAGCAAGGAUGGAAAACAAAAUGGCCACUUCACUAUGCUGCAAUGAAAGGAGACGUUAUUUCUAUCAUUCGUUUGGUCCAAAGGGAAAAGAUUCCCCCGGAUCAAAAAAUGACCGUCUGGUUUGAUUCUGAGCCGGUCGGAUGGGCAGCUUCAUUUGGUCAACUUGGUGCUUUGAGAUGUCUAAUUGACCUCGGUGCAUACCCAUUCACAAAGAACAAAGCUGGAAACGAUACUAUAGAUGAUGCUAAAAGAGAAAAACACGAUAAAUGCCUCAAGUUUUUGGUAGAAUACAAACGGACUAAUAAUACCAUGGCGGCCAUGACAAGCGCAGACGGAGCCGGUUGUUCGUCAGGUAACAUCUCAGCAGCACCUUACGAGCCUCCAGCUUCUGCACGGAUGAUCAAAGCGGAGGAUUAUAUCGAACCCGGGACCGGACCGCAUUGUCACCAAAGAAUGGCUUUUGGCUGGUUUGAGUCCAGAGGCUGGGUACCGAGAUUCCCGGUUCACUAUGCCGCUAUGAAAGGUGAUGUUGCGUCAAUAAUAGACCUGGUUCUCAACAAGCAUCGUCGUCCGGACGAAAUAAUGACCGACUGGUUUGAUUCUGAGCCGGUCGGAUGGGCAUCUUCCCUCGGACAACUUGGUGCCUUGCGUUGCCUAAUAGAUCUCGGUGCCUACCCUUUCAAGAUAAACAAAGCCGGAUUUAAUGCAUUAACAGACGCCCAGAGGGAAAAACACCGGAAGUGCAUUGCAUUCUUGGAGGAAUACCAGAGGUCAGGCGACGUGCGAGCUGCGAAGGAGGCAUCUAACAUGGCUCCAGAAGAUUGUUGUUGUCGAAUUCUAUAACGGCCAGUCUCUUCGAAGCAGGGGCUGACUGAAUUUAUGCACAGUGACUCACCGAUAAACGAUCGAAUUAUGCCUAUCGUAAAUCCUCGAAUAAGCCCCCACCCUCGAAUAAGCCCCCCCCUCCUCGAAUAAGCCCCCACCUUAAAGAAAUCAUUUUUUGCAAAUAAGCCCCCCCCCCCGAAUAAGCCCCCACUUAAAAAUCAUUUUUGCAAAUAAGCCCCCCUCGAAUAAGCUCCUCACCAAGAAGCAAGAAAGCGACUUUUGUGAUGAUAAAAAAUUAUAAUACUUGUUAGUUCUUUUUUAGUUUUGUUAGAAAAUUAUGUCAAUUUUAUAUCGACCUAAACUAAACUUAUCGGAAAAUACUAAACUUUGAAAUCCCCCCCUUGAAUGAGCCCCCCAUCGAAUAGGCCCGUGCCCAAAAAUUCAUCUUUGCAAAUGAGCCCCCGGGGGCCUUUUCGAGGAUUUACGGUGUUUGAUUCUGUAAACCUGCAAAUUUUUAGUAUUUCUUGGCUUGUUUGAGGAGUUUAUCGGUACGGAUUCCCUGUUUCAAACAAGCAACAAAUGGUCCAUCUCACAGGCACUUCCUACGAAGAGAGCCGUCCUAAUACGUUAGGGAGAGGCUGUGCUGCAGACACCUUCUAGAAGCCAUACCCAUUGCCUUACCCUUUUAACGCCUAAUUUUUAGAAUUCGUCAAACUAAACAUUUGCCUUCUUGUUCAGGAAGAGGAAACCCCACCCUUCCUGAAAUCUCUGUGAAUUUUGCAACACCGUGCAAAAGAGACAAAAAGUUUUCAGGAAGGGAACUGGCACCCCUACCUCAGGCACCGUGCAGCCAUUUGGCUAGCAGGGGCUAACCCCCCCCCCCCCCCUUUUUUGCAAUAAUAGACUAGAACUUUUUUGGAAGGUUUAAGAACGCAACUUUGGAUGGUUUAGUCCUAUGUAUUAGCAAUUCUUCUUGACUGGAAUCCUAUUUUUUCAUUUUCUAGGUGUUUUAUCUUGUGUAAUGAGAUGUAGCCUGCGUGCAGACUUUAAAAGUGUCCCACUUUCCCCAUAGUCGAGUAUGCGCGCAGACUAAUGAUAUGAUGUAUUUUCUAACUUAGUUAGCUUGGUGUUUGUUUACCCUCCAGCUAAUUUUAUCUAUUUUCAUAGUUAUUGAUAUCUUCUCUGAACCAGACUGUGUUAAAAAAUUUCGGGUACACCCAUUUCAGCCUCCCCACUUCUAGACUGGUGCGCGGUCCCUGCCCUACCUUGUUAUGUUGCUAACCCAAGAUAAGCUCCCUCCCACUUAGGCCCUAACCCUACACGCAAACAGUGUCAAAUAGACUGAGUGUGCCUAGGAAAGGAACUGGCGAGCCUCAUAAUUUGCUGUUAGCCCCUUCUCAGGGCCCACGCCACGAAUUUCAAGGUGGAGGGGCCAAGUUCUAUUCAUCAAACUUGAAUUUAGUGCUUCAAAACAGGGUCUCUAUUUUUUGGAAAUAUUUUUGCAUUCCAAAGAGGUGGGGGGGGGGCAAGUCCCCUCCGGUCCUCCCCGUUGACGUGGGCCCUGCUUCUACCAGUCAUUUCAACU